CAUCCUUGUCCCUGGACUCCAUCGGCGAGUGCGGCGCUAUGGCGCUCGGUCUGGUGGGUACUAUCCUGAGAGCUGGGUAACAUGUCAAGUCCGUUGCUGGUAUAUAACACUUGGUCGCCCUAGCCUUCAACACUACUCACACCACGACUACACAGACAACAUCCACUACUACCACAGCCACAGCCAUUACAGCGACCACAAGACUACUACCACGACCACUACCAUCACUACCAUCACUACCAUCACUACCAUCACUACCAUCACUACCAUCACCACCACCAGACUACUACUACUACUACCACUGCCACUGCUACUUCCUCUUGACCAACACUCUCUCAAUAUACCCACAAUCACCAACUCAGCAAACAUGUACCAAAACCUUGGACACACACCCAACUGGGAAAUUUGCUUCCAGCAAGCCCAGCUCACAGAGGAGAACCUGCGGUCACAUGGCUCCACAUAUGCCUCAACACAUAGCCCAACACAUGUCAAGGCGGACAGUGCUUGCUACAUGCUAGAGCCUCAACAGUACUACCGAUACGAUUUGGAUCUCGAGGAGUCUGAUGAUGAAGAUGCGAGCUCGCAAACAAAGCGAAUGGCUCUUCGAAAAGCAGCAUCCAUGGAGGUGCUCAAGGCGUAUGGUGGAUGCUUUGCCUCUGGCUUCCUCGCACUUCAAGAACCUCUGCCCAGCCGACCACAGUCGAAGCUGCGACGAUAUGAGAGCGCAGAUGCAUUUGAGAUCCGACGAACGGCAUCCAUUGCGACAUCACUCGAGAGCGGGUCAGUCAGCUGCACAAGCAGCAGCAAUGACAACCCGCGACCCGACUCUGCUACUCUGAGCCCUGCGCAGCUGCAAGAGGCGGCGAGAGCAAGCAAGUGGAGUUGGAGAAGCAUGAGGAAGAGCCGAAAGAACGCGGCCAAGAAGCUAGACGUUUGAGUGCUACGAUUUAGCAGGCGCUCGCCUACUUUUUCAUUAAUGUUUGCUUCUUUGAUCGUUUUAUUAGCGAAGGUGUUGGGGCGUUGGGGAUUGCGCAUAGUGCAGGACUGCCACCUGCCGUUUCAUUUGUUUGGGGGAAAAAAGUCAUGGAGAAAUUGUCGUCUAGUACUUGGAUCAAGUCACGACCAGUCAACAGUAUACGUAGGGUGUAAUAACCUCCGGACGCGGCUCAGUGAGCCUGCGCGGAUCAUCAAUCAAACUUGUGCAAGAGC